AAAUAAAUGGGGUUUGGAGCUCCAAUUGAAACCUUAGAGAAAAUAAAGCCGGUUGAGAUGAUAAACCAAGCUCAAUAAGCAGAAGUGGUCAUCAUCAUUGAACACGAUAAUGUAUUCCGUCGCCGUCCCCCACGGUGUUACGGUGCAUAAGGGAAACAAGACCUCCGAAUCAAAGAUAGAAUAUGAAGAACUGGUAUCGAUCGGUUCGUUCUUGAAAUCAAUGAGGUUGGCAGAUGAAAAGGAAGAAGAAGAAUACGGGAGCAGGAGCUAUACUCCCCUAUCGCUCUUCUACACCAAAGGUAAAUCUCGCAAAAAUUAUCUUCCACUAUCUUUUUUCACCACCAUUGUCCCCAUGGAUAUGGAUAAUUCUCCAGUAUUGUUCGGAUCUUACGAGGAAGCAUUGAUGUCCGAUGGAAGCAAGUCCUCCGUAUCUGAAUCAAAGAUGUUUCUGAUGGAGAAGGGUAACAAGUCCGAAUCAAAGAUGAGUCCGAUGGAGAAGGGAAACAAGUCCGAAUCAAAGAUGAGUCUGAUGGAUAAAGGAAAGUCCUCCCAAUCAAAGGUUAGCAGAAACAACUCUGAUCCGAUGGAUCAGGGAGAGUCCUCCCAAUCAAAGUUUAUCAGAAACUCUAUUCCCGACAAACUUGCUUUAUCUAUUCUUUCAAAAUUGCCCAUAAAAUCAUUGAAGCGCUUUGGAUGCAUACGCAAAUCAUGGUCCAUUUUAUUUGAAAACUCUGAUUUCAUGACCAUGUACACCAAUAGUUUCAUAUCUCAUCACGUUUCUGAUGACGAUUAUCAUACAUUUAUUCUCUCAAAUCAUCAUGCCACUGCUUACCAUCUCACAUCUGAUUAUCUUUACAACUCUGAAUUCCAUUUACUCAACAACACAGUCAAAUUCAAUUUGCCGCCUCCAUUUCAACAGUCUGGCUGUCAUAGGAGGAUUCUCAACUCCGCGAGUGUUAAAGGCAUUUUUUGUCUUCACCAAGAAUAUCCCAUUAAUCUCCAAUAUGUAUUGUGGAAUCCUGCUACCCAGGAAUUCCUGGUCAUUCCUCGUAGCCCCGCUGAUCUUUUACAAGACUCUCAAAACAACCUCCAUCUCAGCCACGCUUUUAAUGGGUUUGGUUAUGACCAACUUAGAGAUGACUUUAAGGUUAUUCAGUAUAUAACAUUUGAUUGUGAAUGCGAGAGCUAUCGUCCUCCGAUAAUAGAAAGUUAUUUCGAGAUAUAUAGUUUAAAAAGUAAUUCAUGGAGAACCAUCGACAUGAACAAAGAUCCGUCUUCUAUUUGGUCUCGUUGUCGAUUGUUUGAUACUCGCGGAGUUUAUUUGGAUGGAGCAUGUCAUUGGGUGAUUUCCGACGGAACGUACCUUGCUGAAAAAUCUCUCUUGUCAUUUGACCUCAGUGAUGAGGUGUUCCUUACAACACCCAUUGGGGUUCAACCUCCUUUGCCAUACAGUUAUGAUGAACGCUUGGCGGUGUUAAAUGGAUCAAUUGCUUUAAUAUCAAAUUAUCACGAUGAUAUUAUUUUUCACAUAUAUAUUCUGGGUGAACUUGGUGUGGGUGAAUCAUGGAUCAAACUAUAUAUUUAUGGUCCCUUUUCUUCCAUUACAUGGCCCCCUGUUGGAUUUGGGAAGUCGGGAUAUAUUUUCUUUCCAAAAAAUGAUUAUGAACUGGCCUAUGUUGAUUUGAGCACCCAAAAAAUUGAGGAGGUUGGUAUUACUGGUGCAGAGUCUAGUUAUUUUCAAGUCGGUCUUUACAAGGAAAGCCUUCUCUCGAUUGGAGGAUCAAUUAUGUAUAGGUUUCAUGCCUUAGUACUUGGGAUGCUGAUUUUAGCUGGUUUGAUGGUUUACCCAUAACCUUAUUUGGCAUUGAAAAACCGAGGCUCAAGGAAUCUCUUGUUGAUUAUUUUGCUGCUACACCUAUUGUGUCUAAAGAUGGAGCUGUUAUACUUGGAUCCAAACGGAGCACUGUAUUUGAAGUCGAUGCUAAAACUGGAAAGCUGCUUAGAAGUUAUGGUGCUGCUGAUUUUCAUACUGUUGUCGGUGCAAACAAUAAUGAGCUUGCUGAUCCAACAAAGCUCAAUUUACCGGAGUUCUUGCUUCAGAUGGUUAGGACCGAUUUUUUUUUACAAUCUGUGGGUCCUGGUUCAGGAAUAGUGUUGUGGACUAUGUCAGUAGCUGAAUUUGAGGUCGUGCUAUUUUGUAAAUAUAAUGAAAAUCCUACCUUUGAGGGAUCACUUGAUGCAGAAGGUGAGUAUGCUUCUGUUGUUGACAGUGGCUUGGAUUUUUUUAUGCCGUAUACUUGUCCUGACAGUAAACUCAGAGAAGUCUAUCGCCAGCGAAAGAAUUUUCUGUUUGAACCUGCUAACUUUGAAAGAUUAUCUGAUAUGUUGUACCACAUCAAACUUUUAAGAAAUAACCUGUUUGUGUCAUGUGUAAGUGAAAAAGAAAGCAAAGUUAGUAUGUGUUAUAUUUUCCAA